AUGCUGACCAGCCAGGGCCAGGGAUGCCUUCACUGUGGUUUGUGUCUCUGCUUGUGUAUAUUCAUAGCUUUCUUUAAAGAUGGCGCAGGCUGUGCGUCCGAGGAGCGACUCUUUCACAAGCUGUUUUCACAUUAUAACCAGCUCAUCAGGCCCGUGCAAAAUGUGUCUGACCCCGUCACGGUGCAUUUUGAAGUGGCCAUCGCACAGCUGGCCAAUGUGGAUGAAGUAAACCAGAUCAUGGAAACCAAUCUGUGGCUACGUCAUAUCUGGAAUGAUUACAAACUGCGCUGGGACCCAGUGGAAUUCGAUGGCAUUGAGACUAUUCGUGUUCCUGCAGAUAAGAUCUGGAAGCCUGACAUUGUUCUCUAUAACAAUGCUGUUGGUGACUUCCAAGUCAAAGGCAAGACAAAAGCUCUUCUUAAAUACGAUGGCAUGAUAACCUGGACUCCACCAGCUAUUUUUAAGAGUUCCUGCCCUAUGGAUAUCACAUUUUUCCCUUUUGAUCAUCAAAAUUGUUCCCUGAAAUUUGGCUCCUGGACAUAUGACAAAGCUGAAAUUGAUCUUCUGAUCAUUGGAUCUAAAGUGGAUAUGAAUGAUUUUUGGGAAAACAGUGAAUGGGAAAUUGUUGAUGCUUCUGGCUACAAGCAUGACAUAAAAUACAACUGUUGUGAAGAGAUAUACACAGAUAUAACCUAUUCUUUUUACAUUAGAAGAUUGCCGAUGUUUUACACCAUUAACCUGAUCAUCCCCUGUCUCUUCAUUUCAUUUCUAACUGUGUUGGUCUUCUACCUUCCCUCUGACUGUGGUGAAAAAGUGACGCUUUGCAUUUCAGUUCUGCUCUCUCUGACCGUGUUUUUGCUGGUAAUCACAGAAAUCAUCCCAUCCACAUCUCUUGUGAUCCCACUGGUGGGUGAGUACCUGCUGUUCACCAUGAUCUUCGUCACCCUGUCCAUCGCGGUGACUGUGUUUGUGUUGAACAUACACUACCGCACCCCAACAACACACACCAUGCGCAAGUGGGUGAAGACCGUUUUCCUCCAGCUGUUGCCCCAGAUCCUGAUGAUGAAGAGACCUCUGGAUAAGACGAGGAAGACACGUUCUGAUACAAACCCCAAAAGCAUUUCCGGCAGGCCUACCGAAGCCAAGUCUGAUAAUCACAGGGAACCCACACUUCUGAAAGAAUGCUGCCACUGCCAUAAAUCACAUCAGCUUGCCACCAGCAAGAGGAGAUUAAGUCAUCAGCCUUUACGGUGGAUGACAGGAAAUGCGGAGCACUCACCUGAAGUCGAAGACGUGAUUAACAGUGUUCAAUUCAUAGCAGAAAACAUGAAGAACCAAAAUGAAACAAAGGAGGUAGAAGAUGACUGGAAAUAUGUGGCCAUGGUGGUGGACAGAGUAUUUCUUUGGAUCUUUAUCAUCGUCUGCGUGUUUGGAACUGCAGGGCUAUUUCUCCAGCCACUACUGGGGAACACAGGAAAAUCUUAA